AUGACAGGAGCGCGCCGUCGCGGGUCGGUCGCGCGCGUCCUCAGGGCGCUGUCGCUGCCGUAUCGCACCGUCACCACACUUGCUUAUGCGCUCGUGCUGGCCCAAGACAUGACGGGGUUUGUGCAGCUGAUAUACAUUCCGCGACAGUACCGUGCAGCCGAUGCCGAAAAGCUGCGCGCCAAGGUCCGCGAACCUGAUGGUCAACGAGCAAAGGUCAAGAUUCGACUUGACCCCAAACACAAUGCCCGUGAUGCCGACGCCGCGCGCGUCGCCUUUCUCCCCCGCCUGGUUGGCCCACACCACCUCGUGGUGGCCAUCAACGGCACCAAGCUUCCCAUUCAAUACGACUUGAACAUCAACGAAUCUCACCUGAGUUCACAAUCUGACGCCAACAUCGGCACUUUUACCACCACCACCACCACCACCAAAGCUGUAGCUACCACCACCACCGCUCUUGCUGCCGCCAUGGGCCCAGCCUACCACCAAGUGCCUGACGAUGCGCUCGAUUCCGAGUCGAUCUUCGCACGCAACUCGCAAAAGGCCAACUCGGCACAGGUAGAGGCCUUGCGUGCUCAGAUAAAAACAGAUUUGCGCGCACAGCAACAAGCCAUGCAAGACGAAAAAGACAUGCGCAAAGAGGAAAAGCGCCGGUUGCGCGAGCGCAUCAAGCAGCGCAUGCUCGCCAAGCAGCUUGCUGCUUUGGGUGACAGUGCUUCGACCCCACCUAUGCCUCUGGCCAUGGACACCACCGAAGACAGCCCGGAUACCCCAUCCACCCCUCCAUCCUCGACUCACCACCGACGUUCCCGCGAGCCCGGCUCGGAGGACGCGGCACAAGGACAUUCUUCCUUGUACGGCCCCCAACCCUGCACACGCACACGGUGCAACCACGCCUCUACCCCUCACACUGGCUUCGUACGCCUUUCUCUUUUUUGCUUUGUCCCGUCUCUCUCUCUCUCUCUCUCUCUCUCUCUCUCUCUCUCUCUCUCCCUCUCUCUCUCUCUCUCUCUCUCUCUCUCUCCGCGGGCCCCCAGAUUUCGUCGCAAGCGCAACAGCACGCAGCUUCCCCCGGAACAACCUUCAUGCUGGCUAUGCGGGUCGCCCGUCAAGCAAGGAGUUGUCCUACUUGCGCAACAGUACUGCUCUUCCGACUUUAAGCAUCUUUUUAUUAAUCGUAAAAAGCGAGCCCUUCUCCUCAACAAAGUCCAAAAUAUGGGUACAGUUCCCUUCAAUCUUCUCAAGCGCAUCCCAGAUAUCAAUCUCAAAGGCCUUCAAGUCAAGGAUGUGCGCCACGCCAUGCGUCUAUUUACCGAAGCCGGCUCUUACAUCCUACCUUCAGUUUCGGAUGGUCAUGAAGCCACGAUUGGCACCGGGGACGCACGUUUGUGCCUCUCCACUCUCCUCGUCCGAAAAAUUGGCGAGGCCGCUGCCAACUCGGCAGUUGAAGCCCAUCUGAGCGAGCUGAUUGAGAAUCACGAGCUACAGUCACCUUCGAUCAUGCGCGAAACAGAGUUCUUGGUCCUUGCCGCCGAGCUGAUGCACGAGUGGGCUCAUGGGACGCUCAAAGCUAAAUCUGCUGCCGUGCGAAAGAGCAUGCGAGCUUCGCAGUCUACCCACCCGAGCGCGCUCUUUGGUGGUAACAUGCCCAAGCCUGGCAACCUCAACCUGAACCACGUUUUCGGAAUUGCACCUGCUGGCUUCAGCGCCCCUGCCCCUGCACCCACUCCCAGUGGCCCCACACAACCGCAAUUGGGUUUUAGUGGCGACGCUGGAGCUGACAAUUGGAUGAUGUACUAG